AUGGCUCACAUAGAUAAAAGUGGAAAUAUUGGACAAAGUAAUGGAUUUGAUCCAAUAGAAAUAAUAAAAAGCUUUUUCAUUUUUAUAAUGUUGUUUUUUCAAUCAAUGUUGUCACCACUUUUAAAUCUUACAGGAAACACAAAUCAAAGUGGUGGAUCAUCAUUCUUUAGAGGUAAUAGCGGUAGUUCUGGAAAUGGUGGUAAUGGAUCAGGUAAUACUCGUCGCCGGGGUAAUAAUAUCCAUGGACUUCCAACUGUUUCUGAUAUUAGCAGUGCUCCAUGUGCUUCAGGAGGUUGCUGUGGAAGUUAA